AUGGGCUUAAAGAAGGGCGGAAAGGAGAAGGAGAAGGCUCUCGAGGAGUAUGAGGAGGCUUCUGGUGCACUUGAAGUUCAGUCGAUGGAUUCCAACAUCAAGCCAGGGAAGAUCAAUCUUGUGCACAUAGAAGAUAUCCAAAAUCCGGAUGGGAAAAGGAAGAAGGAAAAUAUCAAGAGGAAGAAGAGGAAGAACAGAAAAAAUGCUUUCACCCGAUUCCGCAAGCACAUGGUCAAGUAUUGGCUAUGCUAUGCCAUCUUAAUCAUUGUUCUAUUGGCAAUUGGAUUGCCAAUGCUAUUCCUCAAAAUUAUCCCGGCUCUAGCACAGCGCAUCAUUGACGACACAGAUCUACCCAUUUAUUCUGCGACGCUCAAGGCUCUCACCAAUGAUAGCGUGUUGAUUGGCCUUAGGACUGCUUUGGAUGUCCCGCUCGGCUUGACUGUCGGUCUAGAUCCUGUGGAGUUAUGGCUCUACAAUGCAGACUCUGAGGGAUUCAACCCAUACACCAUGGUCCGUCUUGAUGAACAGAAAGUCAAAGGACACACCGAGAUUUCUGUGCAUGAUAAUACUGUCGGCGUGGGUGACCGCGACGAACUGGACAAGUGGUUGACAGGGAUGCUGAACAAUAAAGAGGCUGAGAUCAGUGUCAAGGGGAACACUACCGCUCAUCUAGGCGCGCUUCACUUUGGCGUAAAUCUCAAAAAGACGGUCAAGGUCAAAGCGUUGAACCGUUUAGACGGAUUCGGUCUUGUCAGUGCCCGAAUAAAGAUCCCUCCCGCUGAAGACGGCUCCAAUCUCCUCGGGGACAUGAUCCUGCCUAACUGGUCCGACCUCACCAUCGGCCUCGGAAAUCUAACAUUCAAUGUCUGGGCUGGUCAACUCCUCAUCGGCCAGGUCUCAGCAUUUGAUGUUCUGCUCCCUCCCGGCAACUCCACACUGCCCUUCCGAGGACAGGUCUUCCUUGAGACAUUCCUGAAGAACCUGCCUGCAGUCAUUGGCAGUCAGGCGACUUCUCUUGGGAGUGGAGCAAUCGAGCUUGGUCUUAACGGAAACUCAACCGUAGUUGAUGGUAAUCACAUCGGAUACCUGGAAAAGGUUUUGAACGCUGCGAGGUUCACAAGCAAAGUUCCUCUUUUACAGCUUCUCUCCGACAUGAUGCAGAGUGUGGCGUCAGGAGACACUGACCUAGGCGGCUUACUCGAUCUCAUUGGAGAAGGCUUGGACUCCUUAUUGAAUGGUCUUCGGGGUGGAAACAGCACCAGUGAUAGUGGCGGGGGAGCCUUCUCAGAUAUUCUCAAAGGCCUCAACGAAACUUGGUUUGGGGAUGGAAAUGCGAAGAGAGAUUUGAGGGAAAUAGUCGUAGCAAAGCUGCAACGCUAA